AUGCCACCUGGGAAAUCUGGUUGUGAUCUUGCCGCGUGGUCCACCUUGGCCGGAGACCCAAGCCUCCCGAUGACUUUCCCGUCUUCAACCGCCGCAUCAGCUUGCAUUGUUUGGCUUCGACGAUCUAUGAGUUUCACAGAGACUGCGAACAUUCAGCAACUAGACGGAUCCCAUGUGAAUAUGACAGAUCGGACUAAGACUGGGCUUUGUAGGCUGCUCCCUAUCAAUGCCAGUCUCAUCAGCCAAGACUCAGAGUCAGGGGCGGCCGGUGUUCCCGGUCCAACAGUGAACAGCUGCUCGCACCGUCCAUGCAUAGAAAAUGCCCACUUCUGCCUGACCCUCGCUAUGGUGGAAACGGAGCUGCGAAAUUCCUUGCCGGGGCAGAGCUUGCUGGUGCCAUGCGACCGGCAGCUGAAGAUGAGUACACAAGGUCUGUGUGUUUCCUCAACGGUCUGCGAUGUCAAGGGCCAGGGAAAUACUCAGGAGAUGUCUUUGGACGGCACGUCGAAGUUUGAGAAGCUGCUGGACAAGUCCGCAGAAGGCCCCUCCAGUCUCCAAGGGCGCCAUGCCAAAUUGGAGCAGCUGGAGCAGUCGCUCGCAGCAACAUCAAAGCUGCUUCCGAACGUUCUUGAAGAUGGUGCUGAGAAGCCUGAUCCGGCUACGCUUCAGAAGACAGUGAAGCUUCCUUCGUCGACGCGAUCCCCUCCAGGCACUUUGAAGGAGGCCUUGUCGGUCCUGAAAGAAGCAGCUGGCAUAUCCGGCGUUCAGCUCACAGAGGUGCCUGACCUCAAGGGCGCCGACGAGACAAAGACUCUGAAGGGCAUUGCCGGCGAGGCAGAGCCCUCUUCGCAAAAGGCAGUGAACCAAGACGAUGACCUAGACAGCUCUCUGAUGGAAGCAUCGAAGGUAGAGGAACCCUCCACUUCCUUUCAAGCUUCCGGGAACCUUCCGGAUGCGGAGGUGGCGGAGCUACGGGCUUUGCUGGAAACCGCAAUCCAGGAGUCUGGCAGCGAGGUUGCUUUGGACGACGACCGCACUGUCAAGUUCGAGGAUGGUCGUGGCCGCGUCGCUGCUCAUAAGUUUGGCGAGUGGCCCAUGCACGCUUGA